AUGGGUUGCGGCGCCAGCAAGAAGGUGGUCCCAGAGCUUCCCGCGCUGGCCCAGGUCAAGCCAGAGGGUCAAAGCCAAGGCAGCGUGGGAGGUGGGCAGGAGGUGGCGGCUCAGGCAGCUCAGAGCAUGCAGGUGGCCCGCUUCCGAGCCAAGUUCGACUCCCGGGUCCUCGCCAGAUAUGACAUCAAGGCCAUCAUUGGUACAGGCAGCUUCAGCAAGGUUGUCAGGGUGGAGCGGAAGACCACCAAGAAGCCUUUUGCCAUUAAGGUGAUGGAAACCAGAGUGAACGAAGGGCGGGAAGCGUGUGAGGCUGAGCUCAGUGUCCUGAGGCGAGUUAGCCAUCCUUACAUUGUCCAGCUUGAGGAGAUCUUCGAGGCCCAGGAUCGAGUUUACCUGGUGAUGGAGCUGGCUACAGGAGGGGAGCUCUUUGAUCGACUGGUUGCUCAGGGAUCAUUUACAGAGCGGGAUGCUGUCAGAAUCCUCUGCAUGGUUGCUGAUGGCAUUAGGUAUUUGCAUGCUUUGCGAAUAACUCACAGGGACCUAAAGCCUGAAAAUCUCUUAUACUAUCAUCCAGGUGCGGAGUCGAAAAUUUUAAUCACAGAUUUUGGUUUAGCACACUCUGGGAACAAAAGUGGUGAUUGGACCAUGAGGACGCUCUGCGGGACCCCAGAGUACAUGGCCCCCGAGAUUUUGUUAAGGAAACCUUAUACCGGUGCCGUGGAUAUGUGGGCUCUGGGUGUAAUCACAUACAUUUUACUUAGCGGAUCCCUGCCUUUUGAUGAUGAAAGCCAUACGAGACUUUACAGGAAGAUUCUGAAAGGCAAAUAUAAUUAUACAGGAGAGCCUUGGCCAAAUAUUUCCCACUUGGCAAAGGACUUUAUAGACAAACUACUGAUUUUGGAGGCUAGUCAUCGAAUGUCGGCUGGCCAGGCGCUGGACCAUCCCUGGGUGAUCACUAUGGCUGCAGGGGCUUCCAUGAACAAUCUUCAGAGAGCCAUUUCCAGGAACCUCACUCAGAGGACAUCUCCCCAGUCUCAGAGUUCAGGAUCUGCACAAUCUUCUAAGUCACGUUAUUCUCACAAAUCAAAACACAUGUGGACCAAGAGAAGCAUAAAGAUAGCAGAAUCCCCGCUACCGCACUUUUGUAAGCAGAUGACUUCUAAAACCAUUUUGUCCAAUGUUAAACCAGAUUCAUGA